GGACCCUACAAUCUAAGCACAAUCCUGGGUCAGAGCUCACAAAAACACCCGGGAUCGGCUCCUGUCUUCUCCCUUUGUCCCACUCUGACUUUUAACCAUGGCCUGGACAAACUACCAACUGUUUUUAGCCGGACUUAUGCUAACAACCGGCUCUAUCAACACUUUAUCGGCGAAGUGGGCGGACAUGUUUGAAGCAAAGGGUUGUGGAAAAAAUGCUGAACUACACAGUUUUUCUCAUCCAUUUUUACAGGCAGUGGGUAUGUUUCUGGGAGAGUUCUGCUGUCUGGCCGUGUUCUACCUGCUCCUGUGUCAGGACCGGCGCAGACCCAUUUCUCAGAUGAACCCAGGCCAGAGCUUCAACCCUCUGCUCUUUUUCCCUCCAGCCAUGUGUGAUAUGACCGCCACCUCCAUCAUGUAUGUGGCUCUGAACAUGACGAGUGCGUCCAGUUUCCAGAUGCUCCGGGGAGCUGUGAUCAUCUUCACCGGGCUGCUGUCAGUGGCAUUUUUGGGCAGGAAGCUGGUUACGAGUCAGUGGGUUGGGAUCCUCAUCACCAUAUUAGGUCUGGUCAUUGUGGGGCUUGCCGAUUUUGUCAGUGGCAACAGGGAUGAUUCGCACAAACUCAGCGAUGUUAUCACAGGUGACCUGUUGAUUAUCAUGGCUCAAAUUAUAGCUGCUGUUCAAAUGGUUUUAGAAGAAAAAUUUGUCUACAAACAUGAUGUACACCCACUGAGAGCUGUGGGCACUGAAGGGUUUUUUGGCUUCUUUGUGCUGUCUAUCCUGCUCAUUCCCAUGUAUUUCAUUCCUGUUGGGAGCUUUUCGGGCAAUCCUCGUCAAGUUUUGGAAGACGCCCUGGAUGCCUUUUGCCAAAUCGGACACAAGCCCCUCAUCAUCUUGGCUCUGCUCGGAAACACGGUCAGCAUCGCUUUCUUCAACUUUGCGGGUAUCAGCGUCACCAAAGAAAUAAGUGCCACUACAAGAAUGGUCCUGGACAGCCUCCGUACUUUAGUCAUUUGGGCGGUUAGCUUAGCACUGGGGUGGGAGCACUUCCACGGACUACAGGUGCUAGGCUUUCUGGUGCUUCUUCUGGGCACAGCUUUGUACAAUGGACUGCACCGCCCCAUAAUGGCCAGAAUACCAUGUUGUGCUUCACUCGCUGGAGAAGAGGAGCAGACCAGUGAAGAAGAAAGGGAAAGGCUGCUAAAUGGAGAUGUAAGGGACCAGAGCUAAGUUUUUAUCAAUGAACUUCUAUGAUAUUUUCCACAGAGAUGACACAUCAUGUCAAUGUUAUCUGUAUUUGUAUUCAUAAAUUAGAUUUUUUAAGUUUUAAUUUGGGGGCUUUAAGAUUGCAUGCUGCAUUGUCUUUACUUAUUUCUGUAAAAUCAUUUAUCCAACUACUCCAAACACUACUUGACUAGAUUUACACUUGUAAGGGCAUUAAAGCUACAACCCAUAAUUAGACUACCUGACCUGGCGAUGUUGCAUUCUCACAUAUCACCACUAGAUGUUAUGUAAAUUGCUGCUUUGGUUUGACAGAGGAAGAGCAGAGCUCACCGAUGAGCCUGAACAAAGGCCUGGUGAGGGAAACUUACAGAUGGUAACUUUAAGGCAAAAUUCAUACAUGUAAAUCAUACAUUGUAAAUUAAGGACAAAUGAUUUGCAUCAACUUACAAUCAAUUUUAUCCCAAGGAAGUCAACAGGAACUGAUGGGAUUAUUAUUAUUGUUAUUAUUUUUAAUGUUUUUACCAACUGUGAGUCUGUAGCAUCUUGACCUUUUUAAACUACAAUGUCCAAACUCAAAUAACUGACAAGAUCCCAACAUAGAUUUAAAUGAAUUAACCUUGUUGUAGGGCAUUGAAUUCUCUAUUAUAACUUUACUUAUAUACAUAAUUUUUCAAUUGCCUACAUGCAAAGUGUGUACUCAAGCCGCAGGUGGCAAAAUCAUAAUCACAGACUCUGUAACUGCAUACAAAGUAAUGUAUAAAAAAGGUCACGCAUACUGUUUUACUUUUUAAUUGUUUUAGUUUAAUAUGAUGUGCACUAUCUGCCAAUUCACUGCCACAGACAGGUUUCUGUGCCCUGUAAUGUGUUAGGAUUGUAUCUAAUGUAUAUCUCUGUACAUACUGUUUUAUGAACUUUUGUAUGUACGUAAAUGAUCAGUGGUACAUCUUAAAA